AUGGAUAGAUCUCAAUCCCUUAAUGCACCUCCCUACUUUGAUAGGAGUAACUAUGCUUUUUGGAAAGUACGUAUUCGUGCUUUUCUUUGUGCUAUUGAUAAGACAGUGCGGGAUUCUGUUGAGAAUGGAUGGGUAAGAGCCACAACAGCCAAAUCCGAAUGGGAUAAGGCUACUCUUGCUUUGGUAAACGCCAAUAGCAAAGCUAUUAAUGCUAUUUUCUAUGGUGUUUCUAUUGAUGAGUUUCACAGGAUUUUGCAUGUGAAGACCGCCAAAGAGAUGUGGACCAUUCUUGAGACUACCUACGAAGGAACCAAGAAGUUUCACAGGAUUUCGCAUGUGAAGACCGCCAAAGAGGCGUGGGCCAUUCUUGAGACUACCUACGAAGGAACCAAGAAGGUCAAGGACACCAAGCUUCAAAUGCUUACUACUCGAUUUGAGGAAGUGAAGAUGAGCGACGAUGAGUCAUUUGAUUACUUUUAUGGAAGACUCAAUGAGAUUGUGAUUGCUGUUGGAAAAACUAGUUUUGCAUCUCAUACAAAACACAUAGCAGAAGCAACACAACAGAAUAAGAGUGAAUUAGAAGAAAAGCUAAAAGAAGCUGAAAAUGUCAUCAAAGAAUUGAGAGAAACUGCAACGCUUGAAGCCCAAGAGCAUUCUUCUGAGCUAUGGAAGCACAAAUCUGCCUUCAUUGAAGUUGUGACAAACCAACGGCAACUUGAAGCUGGAAUGGGCUGCGCACUUAGGAAAAUUGAAGCUACAAAACAAGAACUUGGAGUAGUAUUAGAGCAAAAGGAGGAGGCAGACUUGAUGGUUCAAAAACUAUCAAUGGAGAUGGUAAAAAUGCAUAAGGAUUUGGAGCAAAAAGAAAAAAUUCUGUCAGCAAUGCUUAGGAAGAACAAGCUGGAUACAACAGAGAAACACUUGCUUUUAAAGGAGGUUAAACUAUCAAAGGCUAAGAGAAAGCAAGCUGAAAUAGAAACUGAAAGGUGGAGGGCAGUAUCAGAGUCUAGACAUGAGAGGCAUUCAUUAAGAAGUAUGUUGACUAACCAAGUAAAUUCAAAAUUGGACUUUUACACAGGGGCAAGAGGGGUGCAUCAGCAUGCAACAGGAUCAUCAUACAAUGGAAAGACAAGAUCACAGCCAACUGAUCUUGUUCUUGAGUAUGGGCAUAUUGGACUUAAAAAGGACAGAAGGGAGCCAGAACUUUCUCCAAUCUUUGACUGCUACUCACUGGAAGGAAAUGAGGCAUUGGCUAUGACAGCUGAUGUUAAGCAAUUGGAAAGUUGGGUACUGUCAGAAGCUGAGAAGUAUGCAACUUUAAUUGAGCAAAGGCAUCACUUAGACAAGAUGCUUUUGCAGAAC